AUGAGCAUUCCAUGUGUUCUCCUAGGCAUGAAUGAAGUGGCCUGGCAGGAGACCAGAAAAAUGAUGCAUGCAAACGUUGGUCAGGAAGCCAGUGGGGUUGGAGCAGGGGUUUCCCCAGCUGGAACAGUCAUUGGAGCGACAUCAGGGCCAAAAUCAGGUGGAAACACCAUCCCUGCAGCUGCAGUAUCUUCCACUGUGCGGGUACUCCUCAGCUGAUGUUCUCAGGAUGAGGACACAGUUGGUAUUUCUCCCAGAGACAGGCUUGAGAGUGUUUGGGUGCCUUCGCCAGCAAACACCACUGGCCCACAGGAAGUAGCAUUUAUAGAGCUAGUACAGUUCGAUCUGUGGAUGAAAUGAAUCAUGAGUUUCAAGCUCUUACCCUAGAAUCUCGGGGAAUGGGAGAGCUUUUACCUGCCAAAAAGUUUUGGGAACCUGAUGAUUCUGCAAAAGAUGGACAAAAAGGGAUAUUCCUUGGUGAUGAGUGGAGAGAGACUGCAUGGGGAACUCCUCACCAUUCUAUGUCCCAACCUAUUAUGGUACAGAGAAAGCCUGGACAGGGUUUUCAUGGAAACAGUGAAGUAAAUGCUGUGUUGUCUCCACGAUCAGAAAGUGGUGGCCUUGGAGUGAGCAUGGUAGAAUAUGUGUUAAGUUCCUCUCCAGCUGAUAAAUUGGAUUCCCGGUUUAGGAAAGGAGCUUUUGGCACUAGAGAUGCUGAAACAGAUGGACCUGAGAAAGGAGAUCAGAAAGGCAAGGCUUCUCCAUUUGAGGAGGACAAAAACAGAGAUCUUAAACAAGGAGAUGAUGAGGAUGUUACUAAAAUAAAUGGCAGAGGUUUGCCAAAUGGAAUGGAUGCCGAUUGCAAAGAUUUUAAUCGUACCCCAGGAAGUCGACAGGCCUCCCCAACAGAAGUGGCUGAACGCUUGGGCCCCAAUCCCAGCGCCACAGAAGGAUUAGGUCCACUUCCCAAUCCUACAGCCCACAAGCCUCUGGUAGAAGAAUUUUCAAAUCCAGAAAAUCAGAAUCUAGAUGCCAUGGAACAAGUUGGUCUUGAUUCUCUACAGUUUGACUAUCCUGGUAAUCAGGUACAAAUGGACUCUUCAGGAGCUACUGUAGGACUUUUUGACUACAAUUCUCAGCAGCAGCUUUUCCAGAGGACUAAUGCUCUGACUGUUCAGCAGUUAACAGCAGCCCAGCAGCAGCAAUACGCACUGGCUGCAGCUCAGCAGCCACACAUAGCAGGCGUAUUCUCAGCAGGCUUGGCUCCAGCUGCUUUUGUGCCAAACCCAUACAUUAUCAGUGCUGCUCCUCCAGGUACUGACCCAUACACUGCAGCUGGAUUAGCUGCAGCAGCUACCCUAGCAGGUCCUGCUGUGGUUCCGCCUCAGUAUUAUGGUGUUCCAUGGGGGGUGUAUCCAGCCAAUUUAUUUCAGCAGCAAGCUGCAGCAGCAAACACCACAGCAAACCAGCAAGCAGCUUCACAGGCACAACAGGGACAGCAACCGGUUCUGCGAGCUGGAGCAACUCAGCGCCCACUUACUCCCAACCAGGGUCAGCAAGGGCAGCAGGCAGAGUCACUUGCAGCAGCUGCAGCAGCAAAUCCAGCUUUGGCUUUUGGUCAGGGUCUUGCUACAGGCAUGCCAGGCUAUCAAGUACUAGCUCCCACUGCCUAUUACGAUCAGACUGGUGCCUUGGUAGUAGGUCCUGGAGCAAGAACUGGCCUUGGAGCACCAGUCAGAUUGGUGGCCUCAACUCCUGUUAUCAUCAGUUCUGCAGCAGCACAAGCAGCUGCAGCUGCUUCAGCUGGAGGAACAGCAAACAAUCUCGCGGGAGCCACGAACGGUCUGUUUCGGCCACUUGGUGCCCAGCCACAGCAACAGCAACAGCAAACAAAUAGUAGCCUACAAUCCAAUUCAUUUUAUGGCAGUAACUCUUUGACCAAUAACUCCCAGAGCAGUUCCCUUUUUUCACAUGGUCCUGGCCAACCAGGCAGCACAUCUCUUGGCUUUGGAAGUAGCAGCUCUUUAGGAGCAGCUAUCGGCUCUGCACUUGGUGGAUUUGGCUCAUCAGUUGGCAGUUCUGCAAGUAGUAGUGCCACAAGGAGAGAUUCUCUAUCUACUAGCUCUGACUUGUACAAAAGAUCUAGUAGCAGCCUAGCACCCAUAGGGCAGCCAUUUUACAAUAGUCUGGGAUUUUCCUCCUCUCCAAGUCCAAUAGGCAUGCCUCUGCCAAGCCAAACGCCAGGACAUUCACUUACGCCACCGCCAUCACUUUCAUCACAUGGAUCCUCAUCCAGUUUGCAUUUAGGAGGACUGACAAAUGGUAGUGGUCGCUAUAUUUCUGCAGCACCUGGAGCCGAAGCCAAGUAUCGCAGUGCGGCAAGUACCUCCAGUCUUUUUAGCUCCACCAGUCAGCUCUUCCCUCCUUUGCGCCUCCGGUACAACAGGUCUGACAUUAUGCCCUCGGGACGGAGCCGGUUGCUGGAAGAUUUCAGAAACAAUCGUUUCCCUAAUCUUCAACUCAGAGACCUUGUUGGACACAUUGUUGAGUUUUCCCAAGACCAGCAUGGCUCUAGAUUUAUACAGCAAAAGCUGGAGAGAGCUACUCCAGCUGAGCGCCAGAUGGUGUUUAAUGAGAUCCUGCAAGCAGCCUAUCAAUUGAUGACUGAUGUGUUUGGAAACUAUGUAAUACAGAAGUUCUUUGAGUUUGGAAGCCUGGACCAGAAGUUAGCCCUGGCAACUCGCAUCCGUGGUCACGUUCUGCCCUUGGCCCUGCAGAUGUAUGGCUGUCGUGUCAUCCAGAAGGCACUCGAGUCAAUCUCACCUGACCAGCAGAAUGAGAUGGUGAAAGAGUUGGAUGGUCAUGUUCUGAAAUGUGUGAAAGAUCAAAAUGGAAACCAUGUUGUACAAAAAUGUAUCGAGUGUGUUCAGCCCCAGUCACUCCAGUUCAUCAUCGAUGCAUUCAAAGGACAGGUCUUUGUACUCUCAACUCACCCCUAUGGCUGUAGAGUAAUUCAGAGGAUCUUGGAGCACUGCACCGCUGAGCAGACUUUGCCAAUCUUAGAAGAGCUGCACCAACACACAGAGCAGCUAGUGCAGGACCAAUAUGGAAAUUAUGUUAUUCAACACGUACUGGAGCACGGUCGUCCUGAAGACAAGAGUAAAAUAGUUUCAGAAAUAAGAGGAAAAGUACUAGCUCUGAGUCAGCACAAAUUUGCCAGCAACGUGGUAGAAAAAUGUGUAACUCAUGCUUCUCGUGCUGAAAGAGCUUUGCUCAUUGAUGAGGUUUGUUGCCAGAACGAUGGUCCUCACAGUGCCUUAUACACCAUGAUGAAGGACCAGUACGCCAACUAUGUCGUUCAGAAGAUGAUUGAUAUGGCUGAACCUGCUCAGAGGAAGAUCAUCAUGCACAAGAUUCGACCCCACAUCACAACUCUACGUAAAUACACCUAUGGCAAACACAUUCUGGCCAAGUUGGAAAAGUAUUACCUGAAGAACAGUGCUGAUCUGGGGCCCAUUGGUGGACCACCAAAUGGGAUGCUGUAAAAGCCACAGAAAAAAAAACCAAACAAGAAAGAAAUGGAAGACAAGAAUGACUUGUGAAUGAUCAAAGCAUACAACUUAACUAUAAAUGUUCUGAUUUUUUUAAAUCUAUUUAUUGACUUUGUUCAUCCAUUUGUAAAAUUUUUAUUCUUGUGUAUAUUUUUGGGGAGUGAAUUAU